AUGGCAAGGCGUCUGUGCUGCGCCUCCCCAUCUCUCCCCAUCCCUUCCUUCCCCACCUUUCUCCCCAGAGUCUGGGCUGAAGGAGCCGCGCAGGUGAGAGGUGACUAUCUCGGUGGGGCCACACUGACCAUGCUCAGGAGCUUCUGUCUUCAGUUCAUGUCCUUGCUUUGGAUCCUGGUGGCCCAUCACCAUUUUACCCAAGGUGAUGACUGCAGUGACCAUUGUAACUUGGCUCAUGGCAGCUGUGAAGAGGAUGGCAAAUGCAGAUGUGAUCCAGGCUGGGAUGGGACAUCUUGUGAGCAGUGUGUGAGGAUGCUCGGCUGUAUCCAUGGAACAUGCCACCAACCCUGGCAAUGUAUUUGUCAAAGUGGCUGGGCUGGCAAAUUCUGUGACAAAGAUGUGCAUAUUUGUGAGCACCAGACUCCAUGCCAAAAUGGAGCUCAGUGCAUCUAUGAUCGUGACGGGGAAUAUUCCUGCCUGUGCCUUGAAGGAUUUCAUGGGAAAGACUGCGAGCUGAAGACUGGGCCAUGUGAGAAAUCAGGGUUUCCAUGCAAGAAUGGUGGACUGUGCCAGGAUAAGAAUGGCUUUGCUAGCAACUAUACUUGCAAGUGUCUGGCCGGAUUCACUGGUGCACAUUGUGAGGUUGAUAUAGAUGACUGCCUGAUGCGUCCCUGUGCCAAUGGUGCCACCUGCCUUGAUGGCAUGAACCGUUUCUCCUGCCAAUGCCAGGCCGGCUUUGAAGGCCGUUUCUGCACUAUCAAUGUUGAUGACUGUGCCAGCCAGCCGUGCAAAAAUGGGGGCAGGUGUUAUGACCGCAUCAGUGAUUUUGAUUGCUUGUGUCCUGAGGGCUUUGUUGGCAAAACAUGUGAGCUCAUCGCACCAGAACCAACAUGGGUCACUGCAUUUGAGCCUGAUCACAAGGAACAUAACAGUGCUGUCACCAGCAUUGACCCUUGGACAACCCAGUCUGAUCCAGUGAGGGCUGUAGUUACUGGGAAACGAAUCACCAACUACAGUGAGAAAUCAAAUGGAGGAGGGCUCCUCAUCUCUGUGAAAGAGGUGGUGACCCAGCAGGACUCAGGACUAAGUCAGUCACAGCUAAUUUUAGUGCUGGUGUUUGGCCUGCUGACUGCCCUUUUGGUCUUGGUAACUGUCUUGUUGGUACUGCUCAAGAACUGGGGACGCCAGAAGUGCCAAAGCCCAUCCCAGUCUGCAAGAAAACUUCAGGACCAAGAGUGUCAAGUGGGAAUGUUAAGUACAGUCUUGAUAGAACCCAGGAAAACAACCGAGCUGUAAGGCUUCCCAAAUUGGAGCCUGGUUGACCUAUAUACACCCACCAAUGAUUCAGUGAAUCCUUUGAGCCAUUUCCUGGGGGGCUGUUCCAGGCUGUGCAUGUCCAAAGCACUUGAGGGCUCUGGAAGAACUUAAGGUUGUGAAUCAGCAUCAAAGAGGAUGUCCAUGAGGCAGUAAGUCCUUGUCUGAAAACAGUCUUCAAACGUGUGCAGCUUAAGUCACUGGCAUGUGACAUCAAUUUACAAGGCAGCCAAAGAAAUAACUGGGUUAGGAGGACGACCCAGUGUUGGAAACAGUAUGCAAGCAAAAUAGAUGGAGAGCAUCCUACAUGCACUCAAAGGGAGUUGCUAAAACAUGGCCAGGUGUGCCAGAACAGGAUGUAGGAGCUGCACCUUGAUUAGGCCCUUGGGCAUCUGGUAACUCUUGGUCAGAGUCAUUGGAGGUGUCAUAUAGCCUGAUAACUCAAGGGGGCUUAGAAACUAUUCUGUAUAUGUCCUGCCGCUAAAGCUCUGGCACAGGAACUGAAGAAUUCCCCAUUCUGCCUAGAGGCCUUCAGUCUCUUUCAAUCAUCAUAAGCUCAACUGAGGGCCUAAUGGUGCCAUGAGCCAGUGUUCAGAUUGUACUGAGAAUCCAGGACCAUAUCUUGCCCAUUAUACCUUAUCUUUUCUUCCUCUGGCUGCAGAUGUUUUGAACUUUUAAGCCAAACCAUGUCCUCGCCAACCUAGCACCUCAUUUACUCAGUUAUGAUAUCUGUCAGGAAGGGGCAAAAACAUACAGAAACUCAGUGCCCUUUCUCUGUCUCAGAUAACUGGUCUGUCUUUCCACUUGCCAGAAAGGAAAUGCUUGUGUUAUGAAGUUGGAAAUUGAAGUCUAGCUUAAUGGGUAGCAACCCCAGUUCUAAACACUAACUUCGCUGAGAGUUCAGAUUUGGGAAUAAACCCAAAACAACAAUGAUAGCACUUAUCAGUAUCACCUGAGAUGGUGGUGUGGGGUAUGGGCUGGCUCCAGAACCUGUGAUCACUUUAGUGGAGACAAAAAGAAAAAAAUAUGCAGAGCAGUGCUGAAAUUCUGAGACAAAAAGUAUGCUUUUCGAAGUGCAAAAUGCCACUUCAGAAAACUCUCAUAUGACACUCCUACAUGUAUUUUUAGUCAUUGGUUCUCUCAGCUAUUCCAUCUUCUGUAGUGGAACACUGGAAGUUGCUUUAUACCAAGUCAACCCAUUGGUUCAUUUAGCUCAGUAUUUUCUAUGCUGACUGACAGCAGCUUUCCUGAGUUUCAGAUCAGAGUCCUUACCUGGAUAUAUCAAGGACUGAACCUGGGAACUAAUGUGUGUAAAGCAUGUGCUCUACUACUGAGCAAUCUAUGUUGUCACCCUCUAAUUGAUAAUGAAGGUGAUGAUAUAAUGAACCAGAUAUAGAUAUUCAUUCUUUUGAUUAACAACGUGCACCUUAUUUGGUAGUGUCCACCCCACUUUGACUGUUCACACUUGGUAAUGGCAGCAGAGGUCUCAGUCCCUUCCCUCACCCUUGCUGAACCCUAAGGCUCUAGCUAAAGUCCAGUCCACACUGCAGAAAUAAUCCAGUUAGACACCGCUUUAACUACCCUGGCUCAAUGCUAAGGAAU